AGCUAUUGUCACAGAAACGUGAUGUUUUCAUCCACGGAGCCGAGAGUUUGCAUUCUGUGGAUUUAACUUUGCUCCAAGCAGUAUUUUAAAAGAUUAGGUUGAUAUACAUGUGGCUGUCAUCGGAGACCAUUCCUUCAUAAAGAAUCUCUCCUGAGGGCUGUUCUACAAAGCCACAUUAGUGGAUUAGUGAGUAGAAGAGAUUGCUUCAAGUGACCCACCGGAGGUACCAAACGGAUCUGCCAUGUCGGUGACUGUUCAUGAGAAUCGUAAAUCCCGCACCAGCACAGGCUCCAUGAACAUCUCUCUCUUCCACAAGCCUUCACAUCCUGACAGUGUUCUGACCCACCUCAACACCAUGAGGAAACAGUGCAUGUUCACUGAUGUCACUCUGUGGGCCGGCGAUCGCUCUUUUCCAUGCCACAGGGCAGUUCUUGCAGCAUGUAGUCGUUAUUUUGAGGCAAUGUUCAGCGGAGGACUACGAGAAAGCCUGGACAGUGACGUCAAUUUCAGAGACAGUAUACACCCUGAGGUCUUGGAGCUUCUGCUGGACUUUGCCUAUUCUUCUCGAGUCAUCAUAAAUGAGGAGAACGCUGAGUCAUUGUUAGAGGCAGGCGACAUGUUGCAGUUUCAUGACAUUCGGGAUGCAGCAGCAGAAUUUUUAGAAAAAAACCUGCAUUCUUCCAACUGCCUGGGAAUGAUGCUGUUAUCAGAUGCUCAUCAGUGUAAACGACUGUAUGAGCUAUCAUGGCGGAUGUGUCUGCUACACUACGAGACGGUAAGAGAAUCGGAGGACUUCUAUAGUCUAUCUAAAGAUAAAUUGCUGGAGCUGAUUCUUAGUGAUGAACUGGAGAUAGAAGAUGAACAGGUUGUGUUUAACUCUGUGAUGCGAUGGGUUCGGUAUGACUUGGAGGGUCGGCGUCUCUAUUUACCAGAGCUAUUGAGGGGCAUCAGGUUGGCUCUGCUGCCGUCUGAAUGUCUGCUUGAAGCUGUAGCCUGUGAAGAGCUGGUUAUGGCUGACAAGAGGAGCAGGUCAAUAGUAGAAGAGGCAAUCCAGUGUAAGAAGAAAAUCCUUCAAAAUGAUGGAGUAGUGACUAGUCCAUGUGCCCGACCACGCAAAGCAGGGCACACACUACUUAUACUGGGGGGCCAGACCUUCAUGUGUGACAAAAUAUAUCAGGUGGACCAUAAAGCCAAGGAGAUUAUACCUAAAGCAGACCUUCCCAGCCCCAGAAAGGAAUUCAGUGCAUGUGCCAUUGGCUGUAAAGUUUAUGUGACGGGAGGAAGAGGAUCAGAGAACGGAGUGUCGAAAGAUGUCUGGAUCUAUGAUACUGUCCAUGAAGAGUGGUCCAAAGGAGCUCCCAUGCUCAUAGCCAGGUUUGGCCAUGGUUCAGCUGAGUUGGAAAACAGUCUAUAUGUUGUUGGAGGACAUACAGCAAUAGCCGGAGUUUUCCCUGCUUCUCCAUCUGUCUCCCUAAAACAGGUAGAGCGGUAUGACCCUCUCAGCAAUAAAUGGACUAUGAUGGCCCCUCUAAGAGAUGGCGUCAGUAAUGCAGCCGUGGUCAGUGCCAAGCUUAAGCUGUUUGUUUUUGGGGGGACGACCAUACACAGAGACAAGGCUUCCAAGGUCCAGUGUUAUGACCCUGUGGGCAACCGAUGGAACAUUGCAGCUGAAUGCCCCCAACCUUGGCGCUACACGGCAGCUGCUGUCUUAGGGAGCCAGAUCUUUAUUAUGGGUGGCGACACUGAAUUCACCGCUGCCUCUGCUUAUCGCUUUGACUGUGAAACCAAUCUUUGGACUCGUGUGGGUGACAUGACGUCCAAACGGAUGAGCUGCCAUGCCGUGGCUUCAGGAAAUAAGCUGUAUGUGGUUGGUGGUUAUUUUGGAACACAGCGGUGUAAAACGUUGGACUGUUAUGACCCCACAUCUGAUAGUUGGAAUUCCAUCACCACUGUGCCUUAUUCACUGAUCCCCACUGCAUUUGUCAGCACAUGGAAACACCUGCCUGCCUAACUGGGUCACACCAGGAGCUACUCAUCACAGGAGUGGCUGGAAGAGAAACUGAGUAGCUGUUCUGCAAUCUGAGGCUGACUGAGGCAAGAGUUCUACACAGGACCAAUCCUUACAAAAAAAAAAGCUGUAGCUCCCAGACUGGAUCAGUUCUGAGUGUUGUGCUUAACAAACCAACAGCACGCCACUUGGUCUGAACACACAGAGACAGUUACACUGAAUGUGAUGCAUCCUAGAUAAUGUGAUACAACCCAAACAGACUCUUUGAUGAACCUGACUGAUGCACAGAUGCUGUUUUUAGCUGAUGGACCGCUCAUACAACCUGAGUAGUUGUGCAUGUAUAGCUGUGCGUGUUUCUUAAUAAUUCAUGAAAUUCACUACUAAACCAUUCCAGUGUGUAGACAUAAGCUGUAAAAGCUGCCAAAUGACAUUUACUUCAGUAAUUUCCCUUGGAAAUACAGCAAAAUGGAGCAAAUGCAGGACCCAAAUUUUACGUUCCACUGACUAUAUUAGUAUUACGAACACAUUUGCAUUCACACAAUAUGAAAUGAGUUUCCAACAAGAAGGAAGUCACACUACUGUCUUUUUAUCAUCUCCAUGAAGAAAAAUCUCACUCAUUUCUUAGGGGUUUACUUGAGUUGUAACAUUUAAUGGUUAAUUAGGUUAACUGUUAGUGACUCAACAGCAAUUGAUUGGAAGCAUUGUUUUCAUGGGACUGGAAAGUUAAUGGUCAGCUCUCUGUGGCAUAAUGGAGUAUUUAUCCAGACACUCCAUCAACAACUAGUCCAUGAGACGAUAUCGAUUUCAUACAUAUAAUAGCUGCAUAUGAAGCUUGGAAAACAAACCUGAGACAGGAAAAUGUUAUGAUCAUGAACAUGAUUAGCAGUUUGUCUUAGUAAGGUUUUGGUGUUGGCGGUUCAUUUUAAAACCAUGUUCAUUUAAUAGGGCUGAUUGGACAUCACAGUUGUAAUCAGUAUUGGUUCACUGAUGAGGUGUAUUCACUUCUGUUGCAUUGAGUUUCUACUUUGGAGUCUGUACUUUGAAUAUAGGCUUACUGAAGUAUUGGUUUGUGAUUGUUCAUAAGAGAGAACUUAGAAAUAAUGCAGUUGUUGAGAAAACAUAUCUGAAUCAAGUGUCAUAAAUGAUAUUGCACAGGGGUUCACCUGUCUUCAGUACUAUAAGCUAAAUAUAAUUGUGUGUUACUUUCUGAAAGUCUGAUCAGUUGUUCCACACGCCAUUGCUGUUCUCCGCAUUCAGUAAGUGGAGCAUUCUACUUCAGUCCACGCUUUCUAUUCUCACUAAGGAUUCAGACACACUACAUUUAAUUCAUAGGCAGUGUAGUAGACUGCACAGUGACUAGUGAACAGUGCUGCUAAAUAUUACUGUUCAGCAAUUCACAGCCAGAGCAUACCUGACUGUUAAGCAUUUAGCACAACUCCACACUAAAAAAUAUGGAAAGUUUCAGAAUGAAUCUUAAGGUGAAGACUGCAGUUUGAAAACUGGAGCCUAAACAAUCUUUUUGAAAUACCAAUAUUUCAUUUCCUUCUGUGUGUGCCCAAGUAUUUUGCUGAGCUCUGAAAUAGUAUUUUUCUGCCAGUUACGCCAAGCAAAAGUGUUACUAAAUCCAUUGGUAAGUAUGAUCUGUGGAUAUGAUUCAAAUACACAUUUGGCAGUUUUACUAUAUAAGGUUGUACAUGAAACUGAAGAACGUAACAUUAGAAUUGUGGGAUCAGGCUGGUAGUCUUACAUUAGGCAUAGAAAGACAUUUCCAAAAACAUUGUUUGUGGUUUUACCAGACAAAUAGGAGAAGCACAGAACAGCUUUAUGUACAGCAUCCCCUGCAGAAACCAUCACUGCCAAAAUGCUGAAGAACAAAAAGCUGAAAUUUGACUCAAUUAAUUAUUUUCUUUAAUACCUAUGCACUUUUGAUAUUAAUCAAUGCAGCAUCAGCAGUGGUUUGUCUUUGUCCCACAAGUGUUAACGAUUUCCUGUAUGCUGGGGAUAACACCAGCUGUCACAUUAUACAAACUGGCACAAAAUGGAUCUUCCAUGUUUCUACAGUACACAGAUACAUCAUGGCUGAUAUGUUGUAUAGUCUUUGGUACUGUACAUUAUUGCUGGUGUUCUAAUUCUUAUAUUCUUAAACUGAUUAAAGCGCUGUUGUGAGGAGGCUAUGGACUGAUAGGGUGGACAUUUUUGAGUUGCAUUUGCCCGAAUUUGACUUACUUUCUCAAGUUGGAUUUCUGGUACUGCUCAGAAGUGAAGAGAUGUUCUAGAAAACUCUUCAGCAUGCUCCAACUGAUUUGUUAAAUCAAAAGAUAAGGUGAGAAGGAACGUGUUUUUAAAGAAGUACGGUUUUUGGGGAAAAAAAUGAAAAUAACUAAUUGAAAGAAUAAAAAUGUAAGGUGCUGUUUGUUUUUACUGGUGACAAUAAACUUUGACUCACUUUUUUAAA